UUGGCUGCAGGUGUCACGGGAAGAGCUCAAUCCUGCUUUAAGAAUAAGCCGAAGACGCUAACGGAUUUUAAUCGCAACAACCUCUUUGACUUCUCCAAGAAACUGACCACUUCAAACCCGAUAAAAAUGAGCGCUGUUGUCCCCAACCAUCGAAGGACCAAGCCAGGCGGCAUAAAGCCAGGGGCGGCUAACAGCGGCGUGACUGGACCAACCUCCCAGAUCCCCGGUCUGUCCCAGAGUGCGGACGAAAACACUCCAGCGGAGCGGAUCAGUGGACGUCGGGUCGGGAUAUUUGCUUCUGAUUCCGACUACGUGAAGCUCGCGAAGCAGGGUGGACACAAAGGGCUGCUGAGUCACGACGCCGACGAAGACGACAAACCCAAGAAAUCCUACAAUCCACCCAACUGGUUUGGAGGCAAUGAGUCGAAGAGUGGGAGCAAAGCAACGUCUCCCGACAGCCAGGCGAAGGCGGGCAGGCAGCCCCUGGCCGCACCGUUUGGCACUGAUAACGGUUCGUCCUGGGAAAGGGAGACUGAUAGUUUUUCCCAUGGUAAAGAGAAGGUGUCUCCAGACGGGGCUGCCCACGAGAUGGAGGGCCUGUCUCUAGCCGGCAACUUCAAGAGAACGUCUUACGAUAAGAAGGCGCCUCCGGUCAGCAUGUCCAAGCUGCUCAGCCACGGCUACGUGGAGGAGAAGAAGAAGUCGCCCAACGACGACGAUGCCUCAAGUACGAAUCUGAGCCCGAAUGCGAAGGCAAUCCAACCGUUGUGUGGGGUGUGUUUUGGCUGGAAAUUGAGUCUGGAAAGUGUGACUUCGGAACAAACCAGCACCGUCAUGACGGAGGACGUGGACGAGCUGGAGUAGGCCCCCCCCCCCCCCACGGGUGGUGGCCGUUUUUAUUGUAACGCUGGUGACACAAACCCCACGAAACACGCCGCCCCACCCCACCCCCCCGUCCGUCCGCCUCACUCACCUCUUACUGUCCCGUUCACUGUUUCGGUUUUGUACUGAUGUUUAAAUGCAAAGGUACCGCCCUCUCUUAUUUAUUUGCUUCGAUUCGUAGGAGAAAAGACAAAACACAAUGGAGUUCCAGUAUCGGUGCUGGCAGUAAAUUUCUUUUUGUUUUUGUUAGUUUUUUGCUUUUUUUGAAGGUUUGAAGGGGUCAGGUGGGGGGGGGGGGGGGGUUGGUUGGAAACUUAACAGGCCUCACUCCCACCCCCCCCUCCGGUCGUAUGAAGAUCGAGUUAGAAGUUUUAAAGUGUUUGUGCUCUUGAAUUGUAGUUCCAGUGACGUGAAUUAUGAUUUCAUUUGACCAAGGGCUCCUGCUCUCUGAAAGGAUGCGAGUUAUUGUUUUCUAAUUCCUUAUGGUGGGUGUUUUUUUUUAGCUGUUGGUGCGGAGACAAAAUGAUUUGUUGAUUUUACAGUUGUGAUCACAUAAUGAAGCGAGCAGCGACAGGUUAGUGCUGCCAUAAAGGGGGCCAAAAAUGUUUAGUUUUGUUCUUUAAAAAUGAAAAAACAGUUAGCUUGUUGCUCAGCAAAUAGGUUUUUAGUUUAAAAGUCGCUCAAAGGUUAAAAUUGGCUAAACUAAACGAGAGCACCGCGAUGCUAGGCUCACCCAAUAACGAGAAAUGCCAACUAACACACGGUUUACACAAAAAAAAGCCAACAAACGGACCAUGCUAACCAAACUGUUUUUACCCAAGUGUGCUGCAUUUUAUAUUUAGUUUUUCCUUAGUGCGGUAGUGAUCAAGUAGGAGUUAGACGUCAUUGACGUUUUUAGGUGAAGAAAACUUCCACUUCAGAAGCUCUUCCUGUUUUUUCCCGCCAUUUUGUGUCUCCCUGAAACGAACGGGGCGGGAUUUUUCCCACCAGAGAAUGUUAAAAGUUGGCAGCGAUUCGGUUCAAGUUGCAGUCGUUUUUGUUUAGUUUUUUUUGUCCAAAUUCAGCCGGGUUGUUUCCUUUCCAAAAUAGGAAGUGGCUCCUAAAGUGGAAGGAUUUCGGGGCAAUGUCCGUACGUGUAGAUCCGACAAAUUCCACAGUUCUCUGAACUGAAGUUGCGAGAGGAGAAGAUGUUUGUGGUUUCCAACGCCCCAGAGAGGCGUCGGCCUCCACAAAGCAGUGUUUACGAUGUCGAAUUUCUGUACAUGUGGUAUAUAGUGUUACAGUAUACAAGGAACGGCGAAUGUAUCACCUCUUAUGAUGUCUGCUCCUAAGGAUGGGUUUAUUUUCCAACCGGCCAUUUUGAAGUAUUCAGGUAAUCUUGCGUUCCAUUGCGGCGUCAUCGUUUUAAAGAGCAGAAGGGAGACGACACUUAGUGGCUUAACUUUGCGGAGUCCAGUCGUUAUUUUACGUUUUAGGUUGUUUUUUUUGUUUUUUUUCGCUUUGUAAAUCUUGGAAGUGGUGUUAGUUUAUGUGAAAUGCAAAACGCGCGAGAGGCCGACGGCCGCCGGUCCACAGAGGUAUCCCCUCAAGCGUUUCGGCACGAGGAGAAAAAGUCCUCCCGAUAAUAUUCCAUGUAAGAACCUGCUCAUGUUGAUGGCUGCACACACACUCUUGUCAAUUCAAUAAAUGGGCAUGUGCAUGUGCACA